AAGCUGAUCCUGAUUCUCUCCACAAACAGCAGCGAGCGUCCUGAACGGCAGCGAAGGAGUUUUGAAAAACCGAUGCUCCUUUUUCCUGACGAGGACUCAGCUGUCUCUGCGCAGGAUCGGGUAUAUCAGCCACCUUAGAGUUUGGUCGGUUUUCAAACCAAGUAGUUCCCAGAGAUCAUUCCCCAGUUUUCUGGGAAUGGCCGCGUUCUGCAGGAGAAACUCUCUUAGAUCUUCAGACAUGGAGAACCUGAUGUGCACGCUCAGUUCGGCUGAGGAAGUAGAAAACCCAGCAGUCGUGAAAGAGCACUGCAAGCCUGGAGAAGGUGAAGCUAUCCAUCCAAAGGUCUCUGGACACCAGACGGCACUUCACCGCAGUGCCAUGGUGGGGAACAGCGAAGCCAUGGCGGCCCUGGUAGCUGGAGGCUGCGCUGUGGACCUGCAGGACCCGCUCGGCAACACGGCGCUCCAUGAGGUGUCCUGGCACGGAUUCACACAGUGCGUCAAGCUGCUCGUUAAGGCCGGCGCCGACGUGCACGUCAGGAACAAGGCGGGAAACACGGCGCUCCACCUGGCCUGUCAGAACGCGCAUGCUCCAACUGCUCAGCUCCUGCUGCUCGCCGGUUCGAAUCCCGACGCCAAGAACAAGGUGGGGGACACCUGUCUGCACGUGGCCGCUCGUUACAACAACCAGAACCUGCUGAAGAUGCUGCUGGGGUCCCGGUGCUGCUUGAAUGAGACCAACCAGGUUGGUGACACGGCUCUACAUGUCGCUGCAGCUCUGAACCACAGGAAAGCCGUUCAGCUUUUACUGUCGGCCGGUGUGGACGUGAGAGUCCGGAACAAAGCGGGUAAAACGGCUCUGGAUAAAGCCAGAGAGCACCAGAGCAAACAGGUGGUUCUCCUGCUCUCCAAAGUUCCUCAGGUGCGCUACAUGAGAAGAAAGACGACGAGGAGACCCAGACCGAGAAGUCCGACCCGACCUGUCAGAGACAGCAUCUGCAGGAUGGAGCAAACUGAGCCCAGAUCAGAUGUCAAGGAUCUGGAUGAAGAAGGUCUCCCUUCAGGAAGGAAACCCAGCAAAGUGCCGAAGGAUGAGUUCUGGGAUGAAGGCAGAAAACCCUUCCAGCUUUACACGCUUUACAGAGACAAGGAGGGCAAAGUUCGACAGGCUCCAGCUGGCAGCUGCCUCUGCGAGUCUCUCCUGAAGAAGCUGCAGGAGAAUCUGAAGAGCACAGAGGAGGAGCUGAAGCUGCAGAUCCUGAACGUCAAGGAGGAGCUCCACAGACAGAUGGACAGGAUGGAGCGUCGUAACAAACAGCAGCUCGGGAUCUUCCACACGUUGAUCCAGGAGAAAGCAGCAGUGGAGAGGAGGAGCAUCGCAUCCAGGAUGGAGCAGAGAGCAGCUGAGGGGCGAGCAGAAGCUCUGAGGAACCAGGCUGCUCUGAGACACGAGCUGAAGGCCUGGUGUCUGUCUCUGCUGGAGGAGGGGAACAUGCCGGUGCCGGCUGAGACCCAGCACCACAAACUGCUGCCGUCACCGUCUGCGGCUCAAACCGACCCGGAGUCGGUGCCGCUGCUGCUAUCUGGAGAAAGCAGGCCUUCUUUUCCAACAAACACCUUGAGACCCAGAUGUUCCAAGAGUUUGGACUCAGCGGAGCAGGCCAUGAGUAGGACCUACUUUGAGAUGAAGGUGGACAGGUGUGCAGCAACAGAUCAGAACCAGAACCCGGAAAGCUCACCGUAUCUCCCGACAAUCUCUGCUGCCCCCUCCUGGCACCCUGCAUCACUGCAGGACCUUCCUGAGUCUGCAUGUUGCAAUAAGGAACCAUCCGACAGUAGCUCCAGCACCGGCCCCCGGAAAGAGGUUUGGGGGCCAACCAAUGACACCAUGGUUCUGGAGUUCCUCAUGGACCGGCCUGGUGGUCCAUCGUUCAUCCAGGAGAGGAAACACCUGCAGGCCAUGGAGGUGACUCAGCGGUUCUUCGAUGCCGUGUCGGCUCAGCUGGAGCGCUGGUGCUCCAGGAAGAUCCUGGAGGUGGAGCGGCAGUCGGAGCUCAGGACCCGGGAGGAGAGGAAGGAGAUGCUGCAACGAAUCCGAGAGCUGGAGGAUGAGCUUCACAAGCUGCACACCGAUGAGGGGACAGAGAGCUUUGUGCGAUAGAGGAAACCAUAUCAUACCAUGUGCGUUGCUACAAGCUAAAACACAUCCAUUACAAAAAAUAAAUAAGAUAAUGCAUGAAAACUCUUUAAAGAAACAAUGAAACCAAUUUAAAGUGAAAACUAAGCGGUAAAAGCCAAAGAAUAAUAGCGGGUUUUAAAAGUGGGCGGUGAAGGAGCCUCUCUUAUGCGCAGUGCGUAGACUGAGUCCUGUUGAAACGUAUGGUCUGCUGUGGGUUUAAAAUUAGCAGCAGGCUUUACACUAGUGUUUAUAGGGCAUAUUUAUGCUUUGCUGGGUUUUUUGUGAGAAGAAUCAGAUCAGACUACAAGAUCAUCUUGGUGGAUCUUGCUUGACUUCUAGUUUAUGAGGUUUUAACAUCGUGAACGCAGACCCUGUAAACUCACUCAGAAGGUUCCUCAUAAAUGUGGGAGCGGGGCUCAAAUGCCUCCUGAUCCACUCCGAUCCACCAGAAAUCUACAAAUCUCCCUGCAGAUGCUGAGUUUUUUGUGAUGAGCCAACCUCUGAUUGUUGAUCUGUGUGAAAAAUGUGAACGUUUCGAUGGUGUGUGGUGACUGUUUUCUAUGGUAGCCUGAUGCAGAACCAACAGAUGAAGCUUUGAUUAUAAAUGCUCUCCUCCUUGUGA